AUGGCUCUAAUGGUUCACCUGAAGACGGUCGCCCACCUUCGGGGGAAAGGUGACAGGAUCGCCAAAGUUACAUUCAGAGGUCUGUCCUUUUACAGCCAAGUAGCAGAGAACCGCGAGGAGGUGGCCCACUUUAAUGAGACAUUUCGGUGGCCAAUUGCAGCAGGCUGGGAUGGAACGAGAUACCUUCAAAGACAAAUGUAUGGCUUUCUGUUGGUGUUUUCCUGCAGACUGGUGGGGACUUUCUGCAUGGUACUUCAGAAGGUGGCUGAGGAAGGACACCUAGAGCUGACUGACACACUCAUCGACGAUAACAACACAUCAAUAAAGACCAGCAUUACCAUCGAAAUCAGAUACCAGGCAAUGGAUGGCACAGUGGGUGUGUGGAGUGAUGGGGAGUUUCUGGAUGUUCCCGAUGACCGUGAUGGGAUAUUUGCUUUUGAGACAGACAGCUUGCUGUCAGGUCAGAGCCACGCAUCAGGGACAUCACCUGGACGAUCUUUACAGGGAUCCAUACCAACCUUCAGAAAAGCAGGGAAGGGAGUUUUCUCAGCCAUGAAGCUCGGCAAGAUCAAGAGCUCAAAAGACGAUCACAAGAAAGGAGAUGAGCCAGCAGUCCUGGACAUGGAGGACCUGGACAAGAAGGCGAUGCGUCUUGCGGGAGUACUGGAUCCAGACACCAUCUCUCUGGCCUCUGUCACCGCUGUCACCACUAAUGUCUCCAAUAAGAGGUCAAAGCCAGAUAUCAAGAUGGAACCGAGCUCUGGACGACCAGUGGAUUAUCAGAUUAGCAUCACAGUGAUCGAGGCCCGGCAGCUGCUAGGCCUCAACAUGGACCCUGUGGUGUGUGUAGAGAUUGGGGAUGACAAGAAGUACACGUCCAUGAAGGAAUCCACCAAUUGUCCGUACUACAAUGAGUAUUUUGUCUUUGACUUCCACGUCCCUCCUGAUGUCAUGUUUGACAAAAUCAUAAAGCUUUCGGUUAUUCACUCUAAAAACCUUCUUCGGAGUGGCACCUUGGUGGGAACCUUCAAGAUGGAUGUUGGGACUGUUUACUCUCAGCCUGAACACCAGUUCUACCACAAAUGGGCCAUCCUGUCUGAUCCUGAUGACAUCACAGCAGCAUGUAAAGGGUAUAUAAAGUGCGACAUUGCUGUUGUCGGGAAGGGCGACAACAUUAAGACACCACACAAGGCCAAUGAGACAGAUGAAGAUGACCUAGAGGGGAACCUUCUUCUCCCAGAGGGCAUCCCAGCAGAGCGGCAGUGGGCAAGGAUUUAUGUGAAGAUCUACCGCGCAGAGGGCCUUCCUAAAAUGAACACCAGCAUCAUGGCUAAUAUGAAGAAGGCCUUUAUUGGAGAGAACAGAGACCUGGUCGACCCCUACGUUCAAGUGCAAUUUGCUGGGCAGAAAGGGAAGACUUCAGUCCAGAAGAGCAGUUAUGAACCAAUAUGGAACGAGCAAGUCGUCUUCACAGAGCUUUUCCCUCCUCUCUGCAAACGGCUGAAGGUCCAGAUACGAGACUCCGAUAAGGUCAACGACGUUGCCAUAGGAACUCACUUUAUUGACCUACGCAAGAUAUCCAACGAUGGUGACAAAGGGUUCCUGCCCACUCUGGGUCCAGCCUGGGUCAACAUGUAUGGCUCAACCCGCCAGUACACUCUCAUGGAUGAGCACCAGGACCUGAAUGACGGACUUGGAGAAGGUGUGUCCUUCAGAGCCCGUUUACUGCUCUCCGUUGCUGUGGAGAUCCUGGACACCACUUCCCCAGAGAUCAUAAGCUCCACUGAGGUGCAGGUGGAGUCUGUCUCCAACAUCUCAGAGAGCGCCACAGGGAAAAUAGAUGAGUUCUUCCUCUUUGGUUCCUUUCUGGAGGCCACCAUGAUUGACAGGAAGAUUGGUGACAAGCCAAUUACUUUUGAAAUCACAAUCGGUAACUAUGGCAACCAAAUAGAUGGCGUAAGCAAGCCAUCAUCAGCAAAGAAGAAGAAGAAAGAUGGAGAAAAUGAAGAGGAGGAGAGCGAGCUCAUCCAGAACUCCAGUGAGGAUGAAGCAGACGAGGACGGGGACCUGGUCUCGGUCUCCUCCACUCCUCUCAUGAGACCUGUCAUCACUGAUAGGAAUUACUUCCAUCUUCCCUACUUUGAAAAGAAGCCGUGUGUCUACAUCAAGAGCUGGUGGCAGGACCAAAGAAGAAGACUGUACAACUCCAACAUGAUGGACAAGAUCGCCGAUAAACUGGAAGAGGGUUUGAAUGAUGUUCAGGAGGUCAUUAAGACAGAGAAGGCCUUUCCAGAGCGUCGACUCAGGGGAGUGGUGGAAGAGCUCAGCAUUGGCUGCAGUCGGUUUGUGACUCUUGCUAACAAGGAUGUGAACCAGGCAGGCAGAACCAAGCUGGAUCGAGAACGGCUCAAAUCCUGCAUGAGAGAGCUGGACAGCAUGGGUCAGCAAGCCAGGCAGAUUCGGACGCAGGUGAAGAAAAACACAGUCAGAGACAAACUCAAACUGGUGCAAAACUUCCUGCAGAGGCUCCGCUUCCUUGCUGAUGAGCCACAGCACAGUAUCCCAGAUGUUUUUGUCUGGAUGAUGAGCAACAACAAGCGCAUUGCUUAUGCCCGGAUUCCUUCCAAAGACAUCCUGUACUCCAUAGUGGAUGAGGAAACAGGAAAGGACUGUGGUAAAGUCAAAGCUGUCUUUCUCAAGCUGCCUGGUAAAAAAGGCUUUGGUCAUGCAGGCUGGACAGUUCAGGCUAAGCUGGAGUUGUAUCUGUGGCUGGGCCUGAACAAGCAAAGGAAGGACUUCCUUAAUGGUCUGCCUAAUGGUUUUGAAGAAGUCAAAGCUGCUAAAAUGAGCCCUGGUCUUCAGUCUGUCCCCCCUGUCAGCCUUAUCUAUGACAUGAAGCAAGUCUUCCAACUGAGAGCGCACAUGUACCAGGCCCGCAGUCUCUUUGCAGCUGACAGCAGUGGCCUUUCAGACCCCUUUGCAAGGGUCUUCUUCUCCACGCACAGCCAGGUUACUGAGGUCCUGAGCGAGACUCUCUGCCCCACAUGGGACCAGCUGCUGGUGUUUGAUGAUGUGGAGCUGUUUGGGGAGGCCAGCGAGCUAAGAGACGAUCCACCAAUAAUUGUAGUUGAAAUCUUUGACCAGGACACGGUGGGCAAGGCAGAGUUCAUAGGUCGGACGUUUGCAAAGCCCACCAUCAAGAUGUGCGAUGAGCACUAUGGCCCUCCGAGGUUCCCGCCACAGUUGGAGUACUACCAGAUUUACAGAGGGAACUGCACUGCCGGGGAACUGCUGGCUGCCUUUGAGCUGCUACAGAUUGGUCAAGGAGGGAGAGCUGACCUUCCUCCCAUUGAGGGACAGACAGACUCAGAGCGUGGACCGAUUCUCCCUGUGCCACUGGGAAUCCGGCCCAUCCUGAGUCGCUACCGCAUAGAGGUUUUGUUUUGGGGCUUAAGGGACCUAAAGAGGAUUAACUUGGCCCAGGUGGAUCGUCCCCGUGUGGAUAUCGAGUGUGCAGGUAGAGGUGUUCAAUCUGCCCUCAUCCAGAACUACAAGAAAAACCCCAAUUUCAGCACUCUGGUCAAGUGGUUUGAGGUGGACUUGCCAGAGAAUGAGCUUCUCCACCCUCCGCUCAAUAUCCGAGUGGUAGACUGUCGUGCAUUUGGCCGUUACAUCCUGGUUGGGUCCCAUGCUGUCAGCAGCCUGAGGCGUUUCAUCUACAGUGCCCCAGACAAGACCUCCAGCAACUGGGCCACUGCAGCUAAGCUCAUGAAUGGCUACAUGGUCCUAGCGAAUGGCGGCUCCCAGCCUCGCUCCUCACCCAGCCUUUCCUCCCGCACUUUCUCUCGCCCCGCAGGUGACAUCAUGGUCAACAUGGACUCAGAGGCUGGGGUCCGAAAAAUGGACACAGUUGUCAAGUUAGAUGCUACAUCUGACGCUGUAGUAAAAGUUGACAUGACUGAAGAAGAGAGCAACAAAGACAAGAAAAAGAAGAAAAAGAAGAAGAAGGGAGGGGUGGAAGAAGAAGAAGAGACAGAUGAGAGUGUACUGGACUGGUGGUCCAAAUAUUUUGCUUCUAUCGAGACACUGAAGGAGACCCUCAAAGCCCAGGAGGCGGCUCAGGCAGAGGCGGAGGAGAGAGAAGACCUGGAGAUAGCAGCAGAAGCAGCAGAUAUCAAACCCGAUGACCUUCUUCUGAAAGGCUCCAGGAUAAAAGAAAAGGGAAAAGAGAAGAAGAGCUCCAAGGACAAAAAGAAGGGUCAAGCUGUGGAUGGACCCGAAAAACGACCGGUUAAAGCGAGAGUGGAUGAGUUGAUGGUGUACAACAAGGAGCUGGAGAGUGAGUAUGGUAACUUUGAGGACUGGCUUCACACUUUCAACCUCUACAGAGGAAAAGCCGGGGAUGCCGAUGAACAGGCUAUGGAUGAUGACAGAAUUGUUGGAAGAUUCAAGGGAUCCUUAUGUAUGUACAAACUACCCCUGUCAGAGGAGAUCACGAGAGAGGCAGGAUUUGAUCCUAACAUGGGCAUGUUCCAGAGCAUUCCUCAUAACGAUCCAAUCAAUGUUCUCGUUCGUGUCUAUGUGGUCAGGGCCACAGAUCUUCAUCCUGCUGAUAUCAACGGAAAGGCUGAUCCGUACGUUGUCAUCAAGCUGGGCAAGUCAGAGGUCAAAGACAAAGAGAACUACAUCUCCAAACAACUCAAUCCUGUGUUUGGCAAAUCAUUUGACAUUGAAGCUACGUUUCCCAUGGAGUCCAUGCUAUCAGUGUCUGUGUACGACUGGGACCUGGUGGGGACAGAUGACCUGAUUGGAGAGACAAAGAUUGAUCUGGAGAAUCGUUUCUACAGCAAAUACAGAGCUACCUGUGGCAUUUCCUCCAACUACUCUGUCCAUGGGUACAAUGUCUGGCGUGAUCCUAUGAAGCCCACUCAGGUCCUGGCCAAGUUGUGUAAGGAUGGCAAGAUUGAUGGACCUCAUUAUGGGCCUGGAGGAAAAGUGAAGGUGGCUAGCCGCAUCUUCACAGGGCCAACGGAAAUCGAGGAUGAAAACGGUAAGGAAAAGCAAACCGAGGAGCAUUUAGCUUUGACGGUGCUGAACCACUGGGAGGAGAUCCCAAGGGUGGGUUGCAAACUGGUCCCUGAACACGUGGAGACCAGACCUCUGCUGAACCCUGACAAACCUGGCAUAGAACAGGGGCGCAUUGAGAUGUGGGUGGAUAUGUUUCCUAUGGACAUGCCUGCACCUGGACCUGCGAUUGACAUAUCACCACGGAAACCAAAGAGAUAUGAGCUCAGGGUGAUUAUUUGGAAUACAGACGAAGUAAUACUGGAGGACGAUGAUUACUUCACUGGGGAAAAGUCCAGUGACAUAUUUGUCAGGGGGUGGCUGAAAGGGCAGCAGGAGGACAAACAGGACACAGAUGUGCAUUACCACUCCUUGACUGGUGAAGGAAACUUCAACUGGCGCUUCGUCUUCCCCUUUGAUUACCUCAUGGCUGAGGAGAAGAUCGUGAUCUCAAAGAAAGAGUCCAUGUUUUCCUGGGAUGAGACUGAAUACAAGAUUCCACCUCGUCUCACGCUGCAGGUCUGGGAUGCGGACCACUUCUCUGCUGAUGACUUCCUGGGUGCAAUUGAGUUGGACCUAAACCGGUUCCCUCGUGGCGCAAAGACAGCCAAGCAGUGCUCUAUUGACAUGAUCCGGAACGAGCAGGAGCUGCCCACCAUCUCCAUCUUCAAACAAAAGAGGGUCAAGGGAUGGUGGCCUUUCGUGGCCCGUGAUGAGAAUGAUGAGAUGGAGCUCACGGGUAAGGUUGAAGCUGAGCUCCAUCUGGUGACAGCAGAGGAGGCAGAGAAAAGUCCUGUAGGACUGGGACGAAAUGAGCCGGAUCCGCUGGAGAAACCGAACCGCCCAGACACCACCUUCCUGUGGUUCCUGAGCCCGCUGAAAGCCAUCCGCUACCUGGUGUGCAACCGCUACAAGUGGCUGAUCAUAAAGAUCGUGCUGGCCCUGCUGCUGCUGAUCAUGCUGGGCCUCUUCCUCUACAGCAUGCCGGGCUACCUUGUCAAGAAACUGUUGGGGGCCUGA